UCUACAUUUUACACUAUGUUUAUUUUAUUCUUUUAUUAUUUAUAUUUUUCAUCAUUUCUUCCAUUAAUAUAUCCACAGUAUUUUAUUUUUACUUAAUUAUUUCCUGAGUAUUUUCCAUCUUUGUUCACAUCGACUCUUAUGCGUUGUUUUUAAAUAGUUUAAAUUUACAUGAUUUUAUUAAUUUUCCAAUAAAUUAAUUAUAUAUUCUUGGAAUCUUCCAUUUAUAAAAUUUCUGGAAAUGAGUAAUGUGUAUAAAUUUAAAUUUAAUGUCCGUGGUAAGGUCCAAGGUGUUUUUUUCAGAAAGUACACAAAGCUUGAGGCUGACAAGUUAGGCAUCAAGGGCUACGUCAGGAACGAAGAGGACGGAAGUGUCUCUGGUGAGGGCCAAACUGACGACGAGGCUAAAAUGAACCAAUUUAAGCACUUUUUAGAGUCUGUUGGCUCUCCAAAUUCAGAAAUUGAAUCCUGUUCGUUCACUCUCGACAGCAGUUCCGCUUCAAGUUAUGAUUCCUUCAACAUUUUAUACUAAUCUACGACACACCAUAGCAUACAAUGUGUUAUUUAUCAUGUACA